CUUGUAUAAUGAGUUGGAAGUAAUCAUCAUCGUCCCUCUCUGUGGCGCGUUAGAUCCGAUUUCUUAGGGUGAAAUAGAUGGAACAGUCAAACUAAUUUCGUUCCGAAAUUACGUACAGCUUCUGUAUGUAUAUCUAUCAGCAUUAAAUUCAGGACAUGUCAAGUGACAGCGAGGAAAUUGACGAGGACGAACUUCUUCAGAUCGCGCUAAAGGACCAAGCACAACGGGAUCUAAAUUACCCAAAUCAAUACUCAAAACCUUCUCGACCUGUAGCCAAUUUCGUCAAGAAUCCGCCGCCGAUCCACAAUCAAAGGCUUCCUCCGGCUAAUCUGAAACCUACAGCCAACCAGAUGCCGAAGGCCGCUCCUCAGAAACAGUCGCAGCACAACCGUGCGCAGACUAAGUCGAUGGACGAUGACGAUGAUUCCGAGGUUGAAAUGCUGAGUAUUUCCUCCGGCGAUGAGGAAAUGCCAAAUAAUAACAAAUAUGAGUCCAAAAAAGGGCCUGUUGGAAAAAAAGGGAAGGAGGAUGAUGGGUGGGAUGGUGGGGAGCCUGAUGCUUGGAAGAGAGUUGAUGAGGCUGAGCUUGCUCGUAGGGUUCGUGAGAUGCGCGAGUCAAGAACUAUUCCAGUGAUUGAGACGAUUGAGAAGAAGCCUGCAGCAGUGGUUGCAAAGCUUACCACUCUACAAUCAUUUCCCCGUGGCAUGGAAUGCAUAGAUCCACUAGGACUUGGGAUAAUAGAUAAUAAGACAUUAAGGUUGAUUACGGAGUAUUCUCAUAGUUCUCCAUCAAAGGACUACCUAGAUUCUAACAUGCGAGAGAAAUUGAUGUAUUUCUCUGAGAAUUUCGAUCCCAAGUUUUUUCUAUCUCGAAUACACCAUGAUUCACCGGCUGCUGACAUGGAGGCUGGUGCUCUCGCUCUAAAAACCGAUCUUAAAGGGCGUACUCAGCAGAAAAAACAAUUAGUCAAAGAAAACUUCGAUUGCUUCGUUUCUUGCAAAACCACUAUUGAUGAUAUUGAGUCAAAAUUGAAAAGGAUUGAAGAAGAUCCAGAAGGUUCUGGAACUAAUCACUUGUUUGAUUGUAUACAAGGAGUCAGUACUCAGGCCAACCGAGCACUUGGUCCGCUAUUUGAAAGACAGGCUCAAGCUGAGAAGAUCAGAUCUGUUCAAGGAAUGCUUCAGAGGUUCCGGACACUGUUCAACUUACCGAGUGCUAUUCGUGGGAGCAUCAGCAAGGGCGAGUAUGAUCUGGCAGUAAGGGAGUAUAGAAAAGCAAAAUCAAUUGUGUUGCCAUCACAUGUUGGUAUACUUAAGCGUGUUAUCGAGGAGGUUGAAGGUGUAAUGCAUGAUUUUAAAGGAAUGCUUUACAAGUCUAUGGAGGAUCCACAAAUUGAGUUGGCAAAUCUUGAAAACAUCGUGAGACUUCUUCUGGAACUUGAACCAGAGUCAGAUCCCGUGUGGCAUUAUUUAAGUAUACAGAAUCAAAGAAUUCGUGGCUUGCUUGAGAAGUGCACCUUAGACCAUGAAGCUAGGUUAGAAAUGUUACAGAAUGAGAUUCGUGAGAAAGCUUUAUUGGAUGCAAAGUGGAGGCAAAUUCAGCAAGACUUAAGCCAGAAUGCAGAUUCAGAUUAUUCUCUUUCUUCUACCGAGGUGUCUGACUUGCAACAAAUUGACCUGACUGGUGAGGUGGUAGAUUCUCUUAAAGGAAAGUACAUCCGCAGGUUAACUUCUGUACUUAUCUAUCAUGUGCCAGUCUUUUGGAAAGUUGCUCUCUCCGUAUUCAGUGGAAAGUUUGCUAAGUCGUCCCAAGUCUCUUCUGAUUCAAAUGUGAAUAUUGUAAAUAGAAGUGAAGACAAGGUUGGAGACAGCAAGUACUCCAGUCAUUCUCUUGAUGAAGUUGCUGGAAUGAUACGCAAUACCAUAUCUGCCUAUGAAUCUAAGGUCCAUAGCACAUUUCGUGAUCUUGAGGAAUCACAUGUGCUUCGCCCAUACAUGAGUGAUGCAAUACAAGAAAUAUCUAAAGCAUGCCAAGCUUUUGAAGCCAAAGAAUCGUCUCCUCCAUUGGCUGUUUCAGCUUUACGGACACUUCAGUUUGAGAUCACAAAAAUUUACAUACUGAGGCUUUGUUCUUGGAUGCGAUCUUCAACUGAAGAGAUAACUAAAGAAGAAUCAUGGAUCCCUGUAUCUAUCCUGGAGAGGAGCAAGUCCCCAUACACAAUUUCCUCAUUACCUCUUGCAUUUCGUUCUCUUAUGGACUCCUCAAUGGAUCAGAUCAAUAUGUUGGUUCAGUCUUUAAAGAGUGAUGCUGCAAAAUCAGAAGAUAUGUUUGUGCAACUUCAAGAAAUUCAAGAAUCUAUUAGACUUGCCUUUUUUAACUGUUUGCUUGAUUUUGCUGCUUGUCUGGAGCGUAUUGGAUGCGAAAUCGCUCAAGGUAGAUCUAACGAAGAGCAUCUGCAAAAUGGAUAUUCCUAUGAUAAAGAUGAAAAAAUAUAUGAACCUCUCCCUGGGAGCAUUACCGAUCCCCAUCAACAGCUUUUAAUGGUAUUGAGCAACAUCGGUUAUUGCAAAGAUGAACUUUCUCGUGAAUUAUGUAACAAGUUCAGACGCAUAUGGCUGAAUUUUAGGGAAAGAGAUGACGAGGACGGUGAUCUGCGGGAUCUGAUCAUGUCCUUCUCUGGGCUUGAAGAGAAAGUCCUUGAACAGUACACAUAUGCUAAGGCAAAUAUGAUUAGGACAGCUGCCACAAAUUAUUUAUUGGAUUCAGGAGUUCAAUGGGGAGGUGCACCCGCAGUCAAAGGUGUCCGAGACGCAGCUGUGGAGUUACUGCAUACACUUGUAGCAGUCCAUGCUGAGGUUUUUGCUGGUUGUAAACCACUGCUAGACAAGACUUUGGGUAUCCUUGUAGAGGGGUUAAUUGAUACAUUUCUUAGUAUUUUCAAUGAAAACAGAAGCCAAGACCUGAAGACAGUGGAUGCUAAUGGUUUCUGUCAACUGAUGUUGGAGCUGGAAUAUUUUGAGACGAUAUUGAAUCCGUAUUUCUCAUCCGAUGCAAGAGAGUCUCUUAAGUCAUUGCAAGGGGUACUGUUGGAGAAAGCGACAGAGAGUCUUUCGGAGCAAAUAGAGACACCAAGCCAUAAUAACAGACGACAAAAUCGUGGGAAUGAGGAUGCACUUUCAGAUGACAGACAACAAGGAAUGAGCGUUUCACCCGAUGACCUCAUUGCACUUGCGCAGCAGUUCAGUACGGAGUUGCUGCAAGCAGAACUGGAGAGAACAAGAAUUAACACGGCAUGUUUUGUGGAGUCAAUUCCUUUAGAUUCAGUUCCAGAAUCGGCCAAAGCUGCUUAUGCCUCUUUCAGAGGGGGUAUGGAUUCUCCGAGCAGAAAUUACAGAGCCUCUCAAUCUCAGUCUGUUGGAUCUCCCCGACAAAGACGUAGAUAGAUAUAGAUAGAUACACCCACCACCACCGACCCACUAUCCACUGAAAGACCAACCCUAUUCAUUUUGUUUCCUUAUUGCGGGUUUUCUUAUCUUUUUUACUGUUGUAUCUUUGUAAUUCACUCGCUACUAUUAUUUUGUCAUGAACAAAAAUAUGUGCAGUUUUUCUA